CGGUUAUGAAAUGGCGGAUGGCGUAUUAUUGUUAAUAAAACUAGUGAAAAAAAAUAUUGUGAAUAGUGCUGAGAAUUAUUGAUAAAGUAUCCGAUGCAUCGAAGUUUUUAAAGACAAUGGAUAAUUCUUACGUUUUCCACGGAUAUUAAAACAACAAAAAUGGGGUGAAUGUAUUUAUAUACCUAUCUAAAAUCUUUGUGUAAUAAAGUUGUACAAAACAUUUUGGUGGAAACUGUAGAGAGGGAUUAAUGUACCUCGAACCGUUACGUGAUGGAAAUAGACGUUACUCCUGAUGAUAAUUUAGAGAAUACUUCUACUCUAUUAUGUCAAGUUGAGGAAGAAAAGUAUCAAAACCAUUCUGCUGGACUUGUAAAUCACACAUCAAAUGUGAACAAUAUAUGUCCUGUAGGUAACAAAGAUCUAAUUUCUAACAUAAGCAAUAAGAAAAUAGUAAAGCAUGCAUUACGACAACAAGCUAGACGUAGAAAAAAAAGUACAACCUUAACUUCAGGUAUUUUGUCAAAUACAGUCCCACGAAUAAUAGUAAAACCUUUGCCUCCAGAAGGGACUGAAGAAACUACCAUAGUGCCUCCAGUAUCCAAUAAAACACCUACUAUGAAGGAAGUCUUAGCAUCCAUUCCAGGUUUUAACAUAAAGCCUCGAAAACGAACAAAUAAAAAGUUGUCUACAGCAGCCCAGUUGGAACAAACAAAGGAAGGUUGUAUAGAUUUAGAAACACCUGACUCAAUAUUAGUUAACACUAAUUUAAGGCUGCUUUUAAACAAAGGUACGUUUGCUUCCUUGCCACUUUUAUAUCAGAAUAAACUAGUUCAGUUAUUACCCUUAGUGGAUAGACAGUUAAUUACUAAUUCCUCAGAUCCAAAUUGUAUAGAAAUUAGUUCAGGGUUAAAUAAUGAAUUUUUUGCUCGAGCAUGUUUAGAGUGGCAGGAUCGAUUGGCAGAAGGAGAAUUUACACCCGAAAAUCAGCAAAAACUGAAACUGGACGCUGACAAAGAAAGAAGUAAACUAGAUCCUUGGAAAUUGAAACAUUUCGAACCAAUAUGGGGUGACAGAACGGCAGCAGAUGCUGCCAAUAACGUUGCCACAACUAGUACAAGCAAUUUAUGUUUAAAUUCUAGACCUCCUAUUAAAACCACAAUAAAACUUAGGCCUUCUACGACUUCAGCAACUAGCAAAAGUAAGAGUUCCCCUCCUCCCCCUGUUAAAAGAAUUAGAACUGUCGGUGCUAUGACUAGGUCAUGUACGAUUUUAAAAGAGGAAGAAAAAUUUAAACCCUGCGAGACUAAAACAUCAAUUCCCGAUUUACUCCCAAUAAAACAAAUAAAAAACAAAGUACAAACGGAGGAAGUUCACCAUAAGGCUGAGGAAGUGUAUAUUCCGGAAAUAUCGAAAGACGAUGCCGAUGAAACAAAAGAAUCUUUUAUUAAUGAUGCUCAUAAUGUAGACAUACAUGACAAUUGUAUAGUUAACAUAAGUGAUACUAUUUUAGAAACUAAUGAAGAGACAAUCAUAUUAUGUAGAGAUGACAUUGUUAAUGAUUCAGAAAAGCGUCAAAGAUCUCCGAGUUCAGAUAGGGAUGAAAGUUCUACAAAAAGAAGUAAGUCCAUGAGUCCACUAGCUUUAUCCCCUGAACCUAUGGAUACUUUAGAUGCGUCAGAACUUAGGGAUCCUCUUGAUAUUACAUCCGAAGUAGCAAGUGAUGACGAUAAGAUCAGUGAACACACUUCAGAAAGUGCCGAACAUCUUGAAGAUAUUUACGAAAAAGAUAGAAUGAUUGAUGAAACUAGCAGUAGUUCUUGUAGCGUUACUGUACAUAAUCUAGAUGAAAUGUCUAGUACAGAAGCCAUCGAAACAGUUGAUUCUUUACAAUUGCGUAUGAAUUAUGUAGAGGAUCUGAAUCCUGUAGAUGAUACAUCAUCCUCUACUUCUGCAACAAGCAGUAAUACAGAUGUCAAAUCAGAAAGGGAAUCAGAGGUAACACAAGAUCAGGAUGAAACAAUGACAUCAGUUCCUGAUAUUACAGAGAUAUUGCCUGUUGAAGAACCAGAAACUACAGUACAUAAUCCUAACUCUCAAGAAUCUAGUGCAUCAUCAAGCAUGGAGGAAUCUAAACCUACAUAUACAGAUUCCUUAGAUGCAGAGGAAUGCUCUACCGAAACUAAUAUAGAAGCUACUGAAAGUACUUCGGAAUCUACGGUGAAGAUGGAACAACAGUUGCAAGAAACAUUUCAUAUGUUACCAAAUACCUUAAUCUUACAGCAGGACUCCAUGGUUCUGGAGAAGCCAGAUGAGUUUCCGAUAGAACACACAACUGAUGAUUUGACAGAAAAAUUGGAAGGCAGUGUAGAAGAAGCUGACUUGGUUAUUAGUUUUGAUAGUGCCAAAAUUAUUCAUGAUGAUGAUGCUAACGAAGAUAGAUUUAUAGAUGCGGAAAAUUAUGUGUUGGAAUCUGGUCAGAUAUCAGUCACGGCCAGUGAAAAAUUGGAGAAGAAAGAUGAAGUUGAUAUUCAAGCUACUUUAUUUGGGGAAGGCGGAGUAGCUACUGUGAGCGAAGAAUGUUGUUGGGGCUUAGUCGACUCGAGCACGGAGAAGUUACUUCAGGUGCCGGCCCUGCACAAUUUGGAAGCGCCGGUCAGCGUGUCCGCUACUAUUCCUAAUAAUAUCAGUGCAGCCGAUAAUGUGCAGGUUAUACCGAUGCAGGAAGAAUUGGAGGUUAGGUUAGAAGAGGGAACCUUCCCCGUUCCGAACGACUGGCCUUACGACGUGAAAAUGGACUCUGAAAUGGUGGCGGCCGCUCUGGGGUCCGCCCACGCUGCCCACAACAAAACCGCCGAAAAAGAACCGGCGUCCUAUCCAGAAUACGUCCAAGGCAACCAGGUCAAACUGGAACUAGAAGUCACCCUCACGCCGGAAAUAGCCAGUCCCGACACGCUGAUCACCAGCACGGUUACCACGAACAAUAACGAGGCCAACUUGACGGUUAGCUCGACCACGGCCAAAACUGUCACCACUGUUAUACCGCCCACCACGAUCGUGUGUCUGCCGUCCGUGGUGACGUCGGCGCCCGUCAGGAAUUCCUUGUUGCACGACAACGCCCCGUGCGCUCCCCCCAUCGUGCCUCCUCGUGUUCCGGGUUUGGUGCAGAGUUCCAGCGCCUUGCCGUACCUAGCCUUAAGUACCAUCCAGCCGAUCAGAGCGGUUCCUGCGCAUAUCAAGAGUAAACCAAAGAAUAACAAUAUAGAUAGAGGUAAAGGGAGGAGCAUAAAAUUGGGGCUAGUACCAGUCCAUAGCGAGACGUUGUGCGCAUUACAACCGCAUGCCAAGGAAACGUCUGAGAAACCCCAACACCAACAAUCAGCAGGUACUAACCGUAACCGUGGAAAUAGUAAACCUCCGGGAGAAGUGAAUUUAGAAAGGAGUUACCAGAUUUGUCAGGCCGUCAUACAGAACAGCCCCAACAGAGAUCAGCUUAGAUGUCAGCUGAAGCCACCUCCCAGUCUUCUGGCCGUCGCAACUGCGAAUAACGCGAAGAAGAGCGAUAAUCGACAAACGCAGUACAGUUCGGUGACAUCUUCGAGGGGUAACAAGACGUUUACGCCUCCGUUGCCCUCUGGCAAUUUCCAGAUUGCGAGUAAUAAUGGAAUUAAAAAUAUGGGUCCAAAAAUUCGGCCAGGUUUACCAUUCCAUCAACAACGUCAGCCUAGUCCACCAGUUGUUGUAAGGCACGUUUUUACUACUUCCGGUCAAGGCAUACCAGUCACCAUGGCAGUUUUACCGCAAGGAUCUGCUUUAAGCCCAGAAAUGGUUGAGGGCCAGAACCCCGUCGGCUCCGUAGGCCAAUACAUCCUCGUCCAGCGCGCAGGCGUCGUGGACCACAACACCAUCCCCCGUUCCUCCUCCGCCCCUCCCUCCCAACAGCAACAGCUCAGUAGCGGCCCCAUCAGCAGCGGCGGCGCCUCAUCCCACACGAUCGGCGGUCGAGGCCGGCCGGCCAGCGUCGACGCCGAUCACCCUCACCACGCGCAGCCCAGCGACUUCGUGUUGCAGUGUCCCAACCCCGGCACCCAGGCGGUGACGAGGAGGCCGCGGCUGCCGCCCGGCGUCGCGUACGGCGACGUCAGCACCGACGUGCACACCAACAACUACACGAUCAUCGGCGAGAACAUGAUCGGCGACCACCCGAUGGCGAUGCAGCAGCCGAAGCACGAUACGUGCGCCUGCAGCCUGAAGGCGAUGGUCGUGUGCAAAAAGUGCGGCGCCUUCUGUCACGACGACUGCAUAGGGCCUAACAAACUGUGUCGGACGUGCUUCAUCAGGUUUAAGAUGCCCAUAAUUAGUCCUUUAUGACGCGACGGUUCUUAAGUACAGGCUAGACUUAUUAAGGUUUAGUCGCCUGUUAAAUAAACUGAGAUUGAUCGAUCGAAAUAUAACCAGUGUUUAAAACCGGUGUUAUUCAAAAAAAAGAUUAGAAUCUAAGUUGUAAAUAAUAACUAUGUAGUAUUGAUGAUAUUAUUGUUAAAGAUGCUUGCCAACAAAUGGGACUUUUAAUGCUGUGGUAUAUUAAAUUAGGUUUAAGACAACAGUAAGACUUCGUUGUAGUGAUUUUAAUUAGGUUAAUAUUGCUAGAUAAGAAUACUGAAACACACUUAACACAAACAAUGAAGCGAUGUAUAAAAAUAGAUACAUGAUAUAUGACACGUUAGUAUUCCAAUCCAGUUCGUACUCGUAGCUUGCUUGUUUAUAAUAAAUUAAAAAGUUGCCUAUACAAGUCUUUUACCAUAAUAAUUGAUAACUUUAUAAGACAUUGAUAUAAUAUAUCAGAUUUGUAUCUUUUUUUUUGUUUAUUUUUUUUUGUUUGGCAAGGAAAUCUUUUGUUGUAUAUUUAUUAAUUAUUUGUU